AAAAGGGUCCGGGUGGGAAUCAGGGACCCGCCCCCAGGGUUCCGGGGGUGGGCAUACAAUGUGAUGGCGCUGCUGCUGUCCUCGGUGGGGCUGUGCUGCCGCCGGUGUCGGGGGCUCCUUCUCGGGGCCUCCCCCCGCCGCUCCUUCCUGCUGCUGGCGGUCGCCCCGCCACAGCCAAGCCCGGCUGGCCCGGGGUAUUCUGGGCGGGGCCCGGGUCUCCCCCCCCAGUGGCGCCCCUACAGCAGCAGCGGGGGCGGCGGGGAGUGGGAGCGGGGCGGCGGGGUCCGGAGGCGGAGCGUGGUGGUGGUGGGGGUCCCCAACCCCUUGGUCUGGCUCCGGACCCGCCUCUACUUCUUCCUCAUCCGCGCCUACUUCGACCAGGAGUUCAGCGCCCAGGAGUUCACCCAAGGGGCCAAGCAGGCCUUUGCUCAUGUUUCAAGACUAAUUUCGCAUUGUAAAUAUGAUCUCCUGGAGGAGCUUGUCUCAAAAGAGAUGAUACAGAUGCUGAAAGAGAAGCUUUCUUCGCUGUCAGAAAAUCACAGAAGUGCCCUGGCUGCUGACAUGGAUGAAAUAAUGUACACAACAGCAGGAGACGUUGGCAUUUACUACGAUGACAGUGGAAGAAAGUUUGUUAGCAUCUUGAUGCGGUUCUGGUACUUGACUAGCGCUGACCUUCCUGAUGAGACUCCAGAUGGAACCAAAGUAUUCCAGGUUGUCUUUGGAGAUGAAACAACAAAAGAAACAAAGCGUCUUUUAACGGCAAAUUAUGAGUUCCGAAGAGAAUUUACACAAGGCGUGAAACCUGACUGGACAAUUACUCGAAUUGAACAUCCAAAGCUAUUAGAAUAAGUUCACUGGACACAGACUUUCACACACACAAAAAAAGUAAAUCAGCUAACUGGUGUAUCAAAUGGACAUCUCAACAUAUGUGUGCCACAGUUUUUUGUGGACUACUUUUGUACUUCUUAAUUAUCUAAGCAUGGUCUUGCUACAAAGCAUAAAAUAAAUUUUGUUUCCACCAGA